AUGAAUAUCUCAUCCUGGAAUGUAAGGGGAAUGAAUGACCCCUCAAAGAUAGUAGAGUUGAAGAAGUACUUAAGCAAUAAUAGAGUGAAUCUGGUAGCUUUUGUUGAAACUAGAGUUAAAGAAAAUAAUUGUACAAAGGUGCAAAAGAAUUUUGGAGGUGCUUGGAGUUGGGAGGUGAUUCAUGGGUUUAUUACUGCAAAGAAUGGUCAGUUCUCUACAAGCUUUAUAGGUGUCUAUGGUCUACAUUCCAUUGAAAAUAGAAAACCAAUGUGGGUUGAUCUUUGUAGUUUGAAGAACUCUAUUACUAGACCAUGGCUGGUAAUGAGAGAUUUUAAAGUUGUCCUGUUGUCAGGUGAUAGAAUAAAUGACACUGCUGUCAAUAAUAAUGAAACUAGAGAAUUUGAAGAGUGUGUUAAUUCUACUGAUCUCACUGAACUCAAGACCUUUGGUCAGUUCUUCUCCUGGACUAACAAAGGGCAAGGUAACCUGAGGAUUUGUUCAAGAAUUGAUAGGGCUUUUGAAAACCCUGAUUGGCAUAGCAAAUAUGUAGAUUCAAUAGUGGAAUAUCUUAAUCCUGGUUUAUCUGAUCAUACCCCACUCAUCAUGAGAUACAAAGUCAAUAUGCAUCAAGGAGGGAGACCCUUCAAUUUUUUUAAUUACAUGGCAUAUCAUAAAGAUUUUUUGAAGAUUGUGCAAGAAAGGUGGCAGGCUGAAGUCCAGGGGACUGCUAUGUUUAGAAUCUGGAGUACGUUGAAAGGCAUUAAAGCAGGACUCAAAACUUUGCAUCAACAGGAAUUUGCUGGAUUAGAAGAGAGAAUUGAAACUAUGAGAGCUGACUUAAAUCUAAUCCAAAGUCAACUAGCUAUUGAUCACACUGAUAGCCAACUGCAGGAUGAUGAGAAAGAAAUGAGUUCCAAACUGAAGAAGUUUCUUCUAAUCCAGGAGAGUGCAUUCAAACAAAAAUCAAGAAUUCAAUGGCUCAAACUGGGUGACUCAAACUCCAAGUUCUUCUUCAGUGCUAUGAAGGAGAGGAAUCCCAGAAAUAGUAUUGAUGAGUUGUUUGAUAGUGCAGGCCAGAAACUGAGUACCAAUAAAGAGAUUACAGAAUAA